UUGUAGUAGUAGUACACUUUAGUAAUUGUUGCGUACCACUCGGUACCUGUAUUGCAAUAGUAUAGUACCAGUCGUAGUACUAGCCAGUAGUCUUGUAUAGUUACGUUUUGGGCGUCCGCCGCGCACGCGUAUCCCGUUUCAUUACGUACAGUAUUGCAUUUUUAUAUUGCACAUGUAGAUAGAUGCACAUUGUUAUUAUUGUGUUCAUUGUUAACGAUCGUUUUACUUAUCAUCGGUAAUUUAUACUUAAACGUUCCGUUAUCUCUUCGGAUCCAUCCGCUCAUUCAAUAAUUACAAUUACCAAAUUCCAUAAGUUGUAAAUAAAAAUGGAGAAUUCUGAAGGAGUAAAUAUUGAAUCUACAGUUAUAUCAGAAGAGCCAUUGAUUAGUCCUUUAGAUAUUGCUCUUUUUGUCGUCAUUAUGACUGUUGCAUAUUUUUGGUAUUUUAAAAGAGAUAAACGGUCUAGUUCAUCAGAGAAAAAACCCUACACUAUUCAACCGUCUCCUAUGAGUUCCGUUGAGCAGACAUCCAAUAGUUCCUUUAUAAAAAAAUUAAAAUCUACGGGUCGAAGUUUAGUUGUCUUUUAUGGAAGUCAAACUGGAACUGCAGAAGAAUUUGCUGGAAGAAUAGCCAAAGAAGGCGCUAGAUAUAAAAUGAAAGGAAUGGUUGCCGAUCCUGAAGAAUGUGACAUGGCUGACUUAGUUCAAAUGAAAGAAAUACAAAAGUCUUUAGCCAUUUUUUGUAUUGCAACCUAUGGUGAAGGGGACCCCACUGAUAAUGCCAUGGACUUCUACGAAUGGCUUCAAAAUGGUGAUGCAGACUUAGAAGGAUUAAAUUAUGCAGUAUUUGGAUUGGGAAAUAAGACUUACGAACACUAUAACGAAGUUGCUAUUUACAUAGAUCAGCGUUUGGAAGAACUAGGUGCAACUAGAGUACAUGAGAUUGGUUUGGGAGAUGAUGAUGCUAAUAUUGAAGAUGACUUUGUUUCUUGGAAAGAAAAAUUAUGGGAAAGUGUUUGCUCUCACUAUGGUAUUGAAGAAACUGGCGAAGAAAGUAAUAUUAGACAAUACAAAUUAGUAGACUGUUCUGAAGUUUUGCCAGAACGAAUAUUUACUGGAGAAAUAUCACGACUUAAAUCUUAUGAAAAUCAAAAAUUCCCAUAUGAUGUGAAGAACCCAUAUCUAGCUGAAAUUUUAGUUAAUCGAGAGCUACAUAAAUCUGGUGAUCGUUCAUGCAUGCACAUCGAAUUUAAUAUUGAUGGUUCAAAGAUGAGGUAUGAUACAGGGGAUCAUGUUGCAGUUUAUCCCAAGAAUUCUUCUGAAUUAGUUGAAAAAAUUGGAAAACUUUUAAAUGCAGAUCUUGAUGUUGUCUUUUCAUUAUUAAACACCGAUGAGGAAUCUAGUAAAAAACAUCCGUUUCCUUGUCCUUGUACUUAUCGAACAGCUUUAACAUAUUACUUAGAUAUAACUUCAAAUCCUCGCACACAUAUCAUGAAAGAAUUAAUAGAAUAUGCAAAAGAUCCUAAGGAUCAAGAAAAGUUGAAGCUAAUGGCUAGUUCAACACCAGAGGGUAAAAAAGAAUUUCACGAAUGGAUAUUACGCGAUAACCGUAAUAUUGUACAUAUUUUGGAAGAUUUACCAAGUGUUAAACCAGAUUUAGACCAUUUAUGUGAACUACUACCACGAUUACAGUGUCGAUAUUAUUCAAUAUCAUCAUCACCAAAAGUAUACCCAAAAUCUAUUCACAUUACAGCAGUUCUUGUAGAAUAUCCUACACCUACUAACCGUGUCAAUAAAGGUGUAGCGACUAACUUGUUAGCCCAUUUAAAACCUACUAAUGAUGAACUUUCAAAACCAACAAUACCCAUUUAUAUAAGACGAUCUCAGUUCAGAUUGCCAGCAAAAGCUCAAAUUCCAAUUAUAAUGAUAGGUCCUGGUACAGGAUUGGCACCAUUCCGAGCUUUUAUUCAAGAAAGAGAUUAUGCACGUAAAGAAGGUAGGGAAAUUGGAGAAAUGAUUCUGUAUUUUGGAUGUCGAAAGAAGGAAGAAGAUUUUAUUUAUGAAGAUGAAUUGCAAGAAUAUGUCACUAAUGGAACUUUGACCAAACUGCAUUUAGCCUUUUCUCGUGAUCAACCUGAAAAACAAUAUGUUACACAUUUGUUAGAAAAAAAUGCAGAUGAACUAUGGAAUAUAAUCGGUAUUAAAAGUGGACAUUUGUAUGUUUGUGGUGAUGCAAGGAGUAUGGCAAAAGACGUGCAUAAUAUUAUUGUUAAGGUUGUAAUGGAAAAAGGUCAGAUGACCAACAAUCAAGCGCUCAAUUAUGUUAAGAAAAUGGAACAACAGAAAAGAUAUUCUGCUGAUGUAUGGAGUUGAUUUGUUUUACAAAUUUAUUUUAAUAAAAGUACAAUAUUUAACAAUUUUUAUAUGAAAAAUAUAAAAAAUAAUUCACC